AUGCCUUCACAGGUUCUACGGUUUCCGGAUGGAAACAUGGUGAUGACGGAUAUUGACCGUCGUUACUGUUCGCGCGAGGUACCAAUGAAGGUAUUGGCUCUGGGCCUUUGUCGCACUGCGUUGACAAAGGCACUGAAAAAUCUGGGGUACUCUCACACCUAUCACGCAAAUGAUGCCAUAUUUUCCAACGCUCGAGACUGCGAGCUAUGGAUGCAAGCUUUGCGUGCUAAAUUCGAUGGCAAAGGGAAGCCUUGGGGUCGCAAAGAGUUUGAUCAACUCCUUGGUCAUUGUCAAGCUGUUACCGACAUUCCUGCCAUUUGCUUUGCAGAUGAACUCAUUCAAGCUUACCCGGAAGCGAAAGUCAUCAUCACUACUCGCGAUAGGCAGUACGGAAGAAGUUCCAGAGCCAGGCUAAGCUGUGACAGGUCCGCCAGUAGUACUAUUAAUGCUUUGGUUUCAUCGCCAUUUUUCCCAUUAUUCAAUCUGAUAGAUGGCAUUCUCCGAACCCGUGUGCGCAUGGUAAGGCCAACAUUUGCCAAGGCAUGGAAUGAGCUAUUCGAGGGCAGCUUCGAAGCAAAUGGCAGACGAAUUUUCUUCGAACACCAAAAGAAGAUUGCAUCCCUCGUACCUCCAGAAAAUCUUUUGAUCUACCAACUCAAAGAUGGAUGGGAACCUUUGUGCAAAUUCCUCGAUCAACCCAUUCCUCUCAGUCCAAUGCCUCACGAGAACGAGAUGAAGAUCAUGCAACAAAAAUUCCAAAAAGCGCUUUUGUACAAUGUACGGGAGUACUGGAUCCAGAUAUUUUACCUCCUCUCCUCGGGCUCAUUCUUCUUUCUGAUGCUAUCAUUGAUUUGUGGAGAUGAUAUUAUUGGUCCACACCUACAAAGUCUGUUCGGGUCUUUGGUGGAUCAAUGGAAGCUUGUUGUUUCUGCUAUGUUCAGCCCCUGA